CACACCCAAGGUAUUGCUAUUGCUUUCUCCCUUUCACAAUGGCUGUAUAAGUUUUUAACUAUGCCAGUGCCAUACCUGAACCAUUACAUUGCUAACAUUUUUGAACUGAGACUGGUUGCCUGCUUUUUUUGUUUUACUUCUAUUUACCACUUGGAGGUUUUAAUGAGUACAGCCUAGCUGUGACCUUUUGCACCUAAGAAAGAGAAUGCCAUGACGUCAUGAAAAAAGUAUAUUAUGACGUCAUACAUUAGUUGCCAAGCUGCUUAGCAAUUUGCAAAGGCGAUGAUGGCCAGUCUUGAUAUUUACAUCUGAUUUUAAGACGUGGAUUACAACAAUGGAUAUUAUCGAAUUGUCAUUCGUUGUAUUGGUGGCGAUGCUGUAUAUUAUGUAUUAUGCUCCUGCUAUGUAUUGGGAACUUACGUGCGUUGAGCCCGAGCCAGGAUAUGCCCAAAGAUUGCUCCAUUUUUUCAUAGGAACAGAGAUUAAGAAAUUGUGCCCAAAGCCUAUCUUUUUUACGUGGAACAUUGGAAAAGAUAUAUAUAAUGCAGUCGUCAGCGCCAUUACAAACGUGAUGAUCGGCUGGAUUUUAAGGUGUUUUGGAAAAUUUGUCCACAAGAGAUUAUUUCUGGUGGUUUCAAGGAUCCUGAAAUGGAAACUUCACACGCCCCAUUGCUCUUACUGUGGAACUUCUCCUUGCCAAGUUGAUCGAAGACGCUUUUGGAAACCCUCCGAGCCUCGCCCGAGGGUAAGGGCUAAUCUUGUUGAACGGUCCAAUGUUAUGAAACGUUUCAGCCGUGAACUGGAAUUAUGUGUGGAAAUGACAAACGAACUGCCUCAGGAUUAUACGUACUGGGUGAGGAAGUUCUGCCAGCGAUUCGGCGAAGAGCAACUGAUCCUCUUUCCCCUAUGCAUCCAGAGGCAGAUAAACUAUUGGUACCCUCUCCCUCACUUGCGUUGAGCCCGAGCCAGGAUAUGUCCAAAGAUUGCUCCGUUUUUUCAUAGGAACAGAGAUGAGGAAAUGGUACCCAAAGCCUAUCUUUUUACGUGGAACAUUAGAAAUGAUAUAUCCAAUGGAGUCUUCUACGCCAUUAAAAAACGUGAUGAUCGGCUGGAUUUUAAGGUGUAUUGGAAAAUUUGUCCACAAGAGAUUAUUGCUGGUGGUUUCAAGGAUCCUGAAAUGGAAAAUUCGCACAUCCUAUUGCUCUUCUUUUGCCAAGUUGAUCGAAGACGCUUUUGGAAACCCUCUGAGCCUCGCCCGAGGGAAAGGGCUAAUCGUGUUAAGCGGUCCAAUGUUAUGAAACUGUUCAGUCGUGAACUGGAAUUAUGUGUGGAAAUUACAAAUGAACUGCCUCGGGACAAUACGUACUGGGCGAGGAAGUUCUGCCAGCGAUUCGGCGAGGAAUACCUGAUCAUCUUCUUGAUGGGGGUGGGGGUGGGUUUAUAAAUGCCAUAUACAGCUCGGCUAUGAAGAAAAAAAAUGUAUUAAGAACAUUUAUAAAUCUAUAAAUCUUUUAUCAUGCCAGUUUUAGAAUAUCCAUGUGAAGUAUGGGAUGGUUGUACUAAAUUUGAAACUGAAUUGUUAGAGAAAGCUCAAAGGGACGCUGCCCGUAUCAUAACCGGCCUUUCCUCGUAAGCGUAUAAAAUGCAUAAUAAGUUAUCUCCGGACUGUUUAAAUGAUCUGAUUCCUCCUACAGUUUCAGAAAAUAACCGAUACGCUCUUAGAAAUAACAGUUAUUAUCGAGUUCCUCCUUUGGGGCUUUUUAAAACGAAUCUCUCGUUUAUAACUUCCACUAUUCGUAGUUGGAACUUGUUAGAUCUAUCUGUGUGAUCUUUGCCUUCCCUUAAUUUGUUCAAAAACUCUAUCAACUCAAAUGUACAACCAUCUCCACCUAUCUGCUACAGUUUUGGUGAAAGAAAGUUAAACAUUUUACAUACUAGAUUGAGGCACAAUUGUAGUGUUCUCAAAUAUGAUCUGUAUCGAGUAAAUCUUAUCAAUGAUCCGUUUUGCACCUGUGGACAUCCUUGUGAAAAUGCCUUUCAUUUUUUCUUUGAAUGCAAAUUGUAUAAAUUGGAAAGAUUAAAUAUGUUUCAAAG